AUGGCGGCUCAAGUACAGGAAGACUCAGGUGACUCAGAAGUGGAGAAUGAAGCAAAAGAUAAUUUUCCACCUCAGAAGAAGCCAGUUUGGGUGGAUGAAGAAGAUGAAGAUGAGGAAAUGGUUGACAUGAGGAACAAUCGUUUUCGGAAAGAUAUGAUGAAAAAUGCCAGUGAAAAUAAACUUUCAAAAAAUGAGCUUCAAAAGAGACUUAAGGAAGAAUUUCAGCAUGCCAUGGGGGGAGUACCUGCCUGGGUAGAGACUAAUAAGCGGAAAAUAUCUUCAGAUGAUGAAAGUGAAGAGGAUGAAGAUGAUUUAUUGCAAAGGACUGGGAAUUUCAUAUCCACAUCGGCUUCUCUUCCUAAAGGAAUCUUAAAGGUGAGAGUCCGUGAAGUUGGGCCUCCCCAGCUAAUUACCUCUGAAAUUCAGUAUGCCUCCCAGUUACAACUGGAUGGAUUCCUUUGAUCUGAAAAUAAUGUUAAUUGUACUUCCUUACAGGUUGAUGGGAAAACAAAUCCUAAAAUUCAGAGCAUCUAUUUGGAAAAGUUUCCAAUCUUUAAGGCUCGUUUUAGUGCUAAUGGAGAAGAGGUUUUAGCCACAAGUACCCACAGCAAGGUGCUUUAUGUCUAUGACAUGCUGGCUGGAAAGUUGAUUCCAGUACAUCAAGUGAGAGGUUUGAAAGAGAAGAUAGUAAGGAGCUUCGAAGUCUCCUCAGAUGGGUCCUUCUUGCUCAUAAAUGGCGUUGCUGGAUAUUUUCAUUUGCUGUCAAUGAAGACUAAAGAAUUGAUUAGUAGCAUGAAAGUAAAUGGAAGGAUUGCAGCAUCCACGUUCUCUUCAGAUAGUAAGAAAGUGUACGCCUCUUCGGCGGAUGGGGAAGUUUACGUCUGGGAUGUGAACUCUAGGAAGUGCCUGAACAGGUUUGUUGAUGAAGGCAGUUUAUAUGGAUUGAGCAUUGCAGCAUCUAGGAAUGGACAGUAUGUGGCUUGUGGUUCUAACUGUGGAGUGGUAAACAUAUACAGUCAAGACUCUUGUCUCCAAGAAACAAACCCAAAGCCGAUAAAAGCUAUAAUGAACUUGGUUACUGGUGUUUCUUCUUUGACCUUCAAUCCUACCACAGAAAUCUUGGCAAUUGCUUCAGAAAAAAUGAAAGAAGCAGUCAGAUUGGUUCACCUUCCUUCCUGUACAGUAUUUUCAAACUUCCCGGUCUUUAAGCGGAAGAAUCUUUCUCUUGUGCAUACCAUGGAUUUUUCUCCAAGAAGUGGAUAUUUUGCUUAAGGGAAUGAAAAGGGCAGGGCCCUACUGUAUAGGUUGCACCAUUACUCAGACUUCUAAAGAGAUCAUUUGAAAUUCAGUUGAGUCACAAGAGAAGCCCAUCCUGAUAGAUCUGAGAAGCUUUCCAGAAUGUGUGAUAAUGUACGGAUCAUGAUUUUUUGAGCCAACUGUACAUAUUUAAGUUAAUAGAAAUGUAUAAUAAAUACAUGGCAACUUUUAUUUGAAAAUAAAUGUAUGUGGGAGAACAGGGGUGGGAUAGACGGGGUCAAUGAGGGGG